AUGCAUUGGGGUUCGACUGUCACACUUCUUCUCUUCUCAGUCGCCACGACAAGUGCCUUCUUCUUCGGCAGUGGCGGCGGAUGCGGAUGUCAACCACAGCCAGCUUGUGCUCCACCACCACAACCAGCUCCAUGUUCCGGAGGAUCGAUUGUUUCCGGAUUUGUGCCUCCAGCUCCAUCCUUCGGUGGAGGCCAUGCUCAGCCCGCUAUUGGAGGAGGAUACCAGGCUGCUCCACUAUCACAGCCACCUCAAUACCAGCCAGUUCAGCAAGGAAACCAAGCUGCUCCACAACAGUCGUUCCAGCAACCUGGUCCAGCUCCAUCCUAUCAAGCUCAACCAGAUCAACAAGUCGCUCAACCAGUCGCCGCUGGAGGAGAUUACCAACAAGGACCAGCUGCACAAGUUGCUCCAGCUGAGGUAGCUCCAUCUCAAGGAAGCAACUACGAAGCCGCGCAAUCUCUCCAACAAGCAGAACAGCAGGUCCCAGUAACAUCAGUUGGCAAUGUUGAGACCAACUAUCAGGCGGCCGCUGCUGCUGCAGCCAAGGUUGCCGAAGUCGAAGAAAUCGAUGAGGAGCUUCCAGUCGAUCAGAAGAGAAAAGACGAGGGAAAGACCACCUUGAAGAAGAAGACACAUCAACCAACAUCGGCGGUCGCAACCACCACAAAGAUUGCGACGACAACCACACCAGCCCAUCACACCGAAGAAUUGGUUCCAGAGACAAACGAGAAGGAGAUCGAUAUUAGUGAGCUUCAUCUCACCGACGACCCACUUUGCAACUCUGAUGAUCUCAGAAAAGUUGUCAUUGAGAAUAUUGACGAUCAACUCAACAGCUCGAAGAGAAUGAUUCAAUUAGCAGCUGAAGCUCAAUUUGGAGGCCGAUUCGAUGUGAUCUGCGCCAACGGAGACUUCAGCUAUGUCACGAAUACAGAACUGUAUUGUCAAGAAACUAAGGGUGAUAUCUCAUGCUACACCUACCGUCAAUUGUAA